AUCCAGCUUCACCACAGGAGGCAACAUUUGAAUGAGAAGAUUCCAAUAAUGUCAAGUCACAAGAACACCAUCGCCCAUCUGGUGACUGUCCUCAUCUUGAUGCUUGGAUCACCGAUUCACUCCGGCUUCACAGAUCCCCUUAACACUCAGAACGUGGAUCACAUGAUCACUUCGCUUCAGACACCGGAAAUACUGGAUAACACUACCAUAGCGGUGAAUAAAGGGAGUCGGCAGUCUAUCUUCCCUGGGGCUUUUCCGCCAGCCCUUGCUAGCCUGGGCAGUUUCGGUUCUCUGGGCGGCCUGAGGACCGUCAUGAUGGGCGGCAUGCUGUAUGGCCUGUCCCUCAUUCCGGCCAUCAUGCUCUCACUAAGCGGGAAUGGCGUUGCUCUGGGCGGACUUCUCAGCUCCAUGGGACUCAGCAAGAGGACCUUUCCUGAAACCAGCUCUGCCAAGAUGCCCCUACUGACCGAAUCUCAGACCAAAAGGUUGCUCCAGAUGUUGCAGUCAGCUUUCAAACAGUGGAAUGUUGCUGACGAACACUGCAAACAGUUAUUUGUUUGCCAAAUGUACAGACAAGUGUCCAAUAAUGGAGUGACACCUGAUCUGGAGCUGUUCAAGGAAGCUUUGCUUCAUAUAUUAGAACGGGGCGGACAACGACGGGCUGGAAAAGCCGCAGAGCACCUGUUGGCAGAAUAUGAGCACUACUUUGCAGCCGCUCGAAUGGGUUUGAAACAAGAGAACUGCGAAGGCCAUUACACCAAGUGCUCUCUCAGUCUCUACCCUUCCAACGAUGGAUUCAAAAGUGAAAGGAACACCGCCUUGACAAAGAAGAAGGUACAGGAGUUGCCUAAAAUUGACAGUCUGGAUAACCCGAUCAGAAAAAUAUCCAACUAAAUCUCUGCAAAUGUAAUCUUGAAAACAGUGUAAUAGGAUCUGGCGUUUUUUUUCAAACGACAAUUUUUCAUUGAAAGGAUGCAUUUUGAAGUGGGAAUAUUGGUAAUACGGUAAUUUCUCUUUUUCUUGAACCAACUUCAUAAAUCAUCUAAUGUGCUAUUUUUACAAAACUGAAGAAUGUUUGACUCCAAAUCAAAUGACUCAAAGAUUUGAUUCAUUAUCAUUUAAAAUCUUGGAAUUAUUUUCUUCAUCAAACUUUGUUUCCAAGGACUUAAAGAAGAGUGGAAAUAUUUCUGGUGCUAUCUAAUUUUUUGCAGAUUAAAAAAAAAUGAUAUUUAUUUGAAAAAUCUUGUUUUAGAUUCGAAAUGCAUAAUAAUUUUACGUUAAAAGGAAUAACAUCAUUUCUCAAGAAGGUGGGAGAUCAUGGGAAG